AUGGCCAAGAGAUUCCUUCCAGCUGUUCAUAGAAGACGCGUCAUUUUAUUCAGAAAUAACUCCAUAUCUAGAUGGAAAUAUGCAUUAAACUCAAUCUGUCCUCUCUCUAUUUUCCUUAUACCUUUCUUACGCAAAAAAAUAAGGAAUCCGAAUACUGCUUCGAAGUUUCUUAUUUUAAAACAUCUAUCUGUCUAUCUAUCUAUUUUCAUAUACCUGUUCACGUCUAUCUAUCUGUUCACGUCUAUCUGUCUAUCUGUUCAUAUAUAUCUGUUCAUAUCUAUCUAUCUAUCUGAUAUGUCUAUCGGUUUCUUUCCAUUCAUCUAUUUUCAAAAUUAUCUGUCUACGUCGAUGAGUUUAUAUAUUAUAUUUAUAUAUAUAUAUAUAUAUAUAUAUAUAUAUCUAUAUAUAUCCUUCAAUAUUCAUAUCACAUACAUCUCAUCUGAAAAUCCAUUCUUCUCUCUAUCUUUUCUGUACGUAUUUCAACUCUUCAUAUCUAUCUAUCUAUAUAAAUAUGUCCAUCCUCAUCUAUUCUAUCUAUCUGUAUCAAUUAUCUAUUUCAAUCUACUUUCUAUCUGGGUACAAUUAUCUAUCUCAUUAUCAUAUUAUCUAUUCAAUCUACUCCUUAUCUAUCUUCUGUCUACCUGGUUCAUCAUCUAUCUAUCUGGCACACCAUUCAUUUCAUUAUCUAUCUGGCACAAUUAUCUUUCAUCUUCAUAUCUAUCUAUCUGGCAAAUUAUCUGUUUCAUCUAUCUAUCUAUCUCUAUCUGGCUGAUUAUCUAUUUUCCAUCUGCUCUAUCUAUCUAUCUGGCACAAUUCAUCCAUCAUAUCUAUCUAUUAUAUCUAUCUAUCUAUCUAUCUGGCACAAUUAUCUAUUUCAAUCUACUCAUAUCUAUCUAUCUGGCACAAUUAUCUUUCUAUCGCUAUCUUAUCUAUCUGUCACAAUUAUGUAUUUCUAUCUAUCUAUCUAUCUAUCCAUUUCAUCUAUCUUCUAUCUAUCUAUCUAUCUAUCUAUCAUCUAUCUAUUUCACUCCUUGUCAAUUAUCUGAUUUUCAAUCUCUAUCUGUCUAUCUCAUUAUCUAUCGAUCUAUCUGGCUAUCUGUCUAUCUAUUAUCUAUUUCAAUUUCUACUCAUAUCUAUUAUCUAUCUGCUCAUCUAUCUCUUCUAUCUCUUGGCUGUUAUCUAUCUGGCUGUCUAGAAUUAUCUGUUUUCUAUCAAUCUAAUCUCUAUCUAUCAUAUCUAUCUACUCUGGCACACUCAUCUGUCUAUCUAUCUAUCCUUUAUCUAAUCUACUUCUAUCUAUCUAUCUAUUAUCUAUCUGUCCUUAUCUAUCUAUCUGGCUAUUUUCAAUUAUCUAUUUCUAUCUAUCUACUCAUAUCUAUCUAUCUAUCUAUUCUAUUUCAUCUAUCUAUUAUCUGUUCCAUCUAUCUAUCAUCUCGAUCUGCACAAUCUAUCUAUUGUCUUUCAUCUAUUCAUCUAUUAUCUAUAUCUAUUCAUUUCCAUUCAUCUAUCUAUUAUCUAUCUAUCUAUCUGGCAUUGUCUAUUUCAUCUAUCUAUUAUCUGGCUAUCUAUUUUCAUCUAUAUCUAUCUAUCUGGCGAUUAUCUGUUUCAUCUAUAUCUAUCUAUUUUCUUAUCUACUCUAUCUGGUUCAUUAUCUAUUUAUCUAUCUAUCUAUUUCAAUCUGUUUCACUCAUAUCUAUCUAUCUAUCUAUCUAUCAUAUAUCUAUCUAUCUAUUUCGAUCUUGCAAUCUAUCUAUAUAUUGUUUCAUUUCUAUUAUCUAUCUCGAUCUGUACAUAUCUAUAUCUAUCUGUCUAUCAUUAUCUCUGCUUCCAAUCUACUCAUCUAUCUGGCGAUCCUGGUAUCUAUUAUAUCGAUCUGUUUCAUUCAUUCGUCUAUUUCUAUUUCAUCUAUUCAUCUAUCUAUCUAUUUAUCUAUCAUGGUCUAUCUGGCUGAUUUUCAAUCCUAUUUGUAUCUAUCUGUCCUUAUGUAAACUAUCUAUCUAUCUAUCUAUCUAUCUAUCUAUCAUCUCAAUCUAUCUAUCUGGCACUCUAUCUAUCUUUAUACUCAUCUAUCUGGAUCUAUUUCAACUCUACAUCUAA